AUGUUCUUAAGCGUCGCCCUCAGCGCCGCCACCGCCGCCGCCAUCGUCACCGUCACAACCGCGGGUUUUCAACCUCUCAGCCGUGCUUCCACUUCGGACUCAACUCCACCGGCCACAUCAGGCAGCCCUCGCCGCCGCCGUCGCUCUUCGCCGGCAGCGGUGGCAGAGGGUCCACUGGACGAUGAUGAUCUACUCAGGGAGAUCCUCCUCUGCCUCCCCAUGCAGCCGUCCUCCCUCCCACGCGCCUCCCUCGUUUGCAAGCGUUGGCGCUGCCUUGUCUACGACCCAGGCUUCUCCCGUCGCUUCCGCUUCCACCACCAUCACAAAUCUCCCCCUCUCCUCGGUUUCAUAGUCGAGCACUUCAGCCCGCGAGGUAUAUCCUUCGUGUCCACUCUUGACCCCCCCAAUCGCAUCCCCGCUGGGCGCUUCUCCUUGGAGUUCGACCAAAGGGACCCCCUCCGGUGCCUUGGAUGCUGCCAUGGUCUCGUCCUCCUCUUCUCCGCGAGGCGGCUCGAGGUCCUGGUGUGGGACCCCGUCAUCGGUGACCGGCACCACAUAGCCAUCCUCCCGGGCUUCUAUGACAUGAAGACUGCGAUCACUGGGGCGGUGCUUCGCGCUGUCGGAGACGGCCGCCACUUCCUGGUGGCCUUGGCAGUGAUACGACAAACUGUCCAGGGGCAACAUGCACAAGCACGAGCACUCUCCUGCGUUUACUCGUCGGAGACCGGCGUAUGGGGUAAUCUCAUCUCGACACAGACUCCUGCCACCUUAUUGAGUACUCCUGCCAUGUGUUUCACGGGCAAGUCCAUUGUCGGUGUACUAGUUGGGGAUUCUCUUUACUGGUUGGUUACUAGAGUGCUUCAUGGGACAUUAACUUCAUCAAGGAUCCUUGAGCUUGAUUUGGAUAGGCAAAGUCUAAAUGUGAUCCCUGUGCCAGUGGUCCAGUAUGGCUUAACGAAUUGCCACAUGUGUGUUAUGCGGGCAGAGGGUGGUGGUCUUGGUUUCCUCUUUCUGUCGACCUUCAGCGCCCAAUUAUGGAAGAGAAAGACCAAUUGUCAUGGUGUUGCUCCAUGGGAGCUAGGAAGAACUAUUGAACUGGACAAGCUACUUUCCCUGGAAAUUGAGAGGACAGGGUGCCCACAUAUUGUAGGAUACGCAAGUCAAAAUAAUGUGGUGUUCCUGUGGACAAUUGUCGGUGUCUUCAUGCUCCAGCUUGAGUCAUUGGAGUUUAAGAAAAUCUUCGAAACCGACAUCUUGCCUUCCUAUUAUCCAUAUGAAAGUGUCUACACUCCAGCCUAA